AUGCACCAAAUCGUCGUCUUUUGCCUCGUGAACGCUCUUCUCAUCGGACAGGCCUACUCAGCUUGCCAAAAGUCUUCACUUCUCAACGCAAAAGAUUCCAUUGGACCGGCUGUCGGAGGGACAUGUAUCAAUGGAUAUAAUUGUUUCGCAGUGAACGGAGGUGACUACUGUUUCACGAUGUCCCCCACUUGUCCACCAUCCUCGACCGCCAUCAAUACGGCCGUGAUUGGACCUGCUAUUGGAGGAGUUUGUGCAUUGGGUACUUGUUACUUGGCGAACGGCUCUGAAAACUGUUAUGCGUGCGUUGACAACACGGUAAGG